AUGCCUCCCAUUACUCUGAUCUCCUCUUUGCCUCCUUAUAUCUCACCGGAGGAGCAUGCACAGAUCACUGUAUCUACGCCCGCAUCGUUUAGUGACAUACCGUCGGUUCUGCGCCACAAAGAGGAGAAUGUAUCCGCUAUUCUCACUCCCCCUGUUGAAGACUUUUCUGCUGAGGACGGGGCCCAGGGGACGUUGUAUGUUAUAGACAGCGCGCUUGUAUUUCUAUCUUCGACUGGUCGAGGCUUCCAAGUCGAAUACCCUUUCAUAACUAUCCACGCUCUCUCUCUUGACGAAACAAGGCGCUCAGUCUAUUGCCAACUUGAUGACCCUUCAGUCCCUGAACUAAAUGAUGGGAUCCCUAACUUGCGCGAGCUUUUUAUUAAAACCCAAAACCCUUCAUCUCUUGAAGCAAUAUAUGAGUCACUAUCAUACUGUGUAUCUCUUCAUCCCAGCGUUUUGGAUGAGGAAGACGAUCGGGACGACGCUUUCAUCGAUUCGAAUAGCUUUGAAACGUUCACUGGGGACGAAGACGAGGAGUUGAGCGAAGUGGGCAGGGCUGCUCUUGCACAUCUCGAGUCGAUCAUAGACUAUCCGAAUGAGCACACAAACGAAGAAUGA